AUGUCUCGUACAACAUCUGGAAGUACCAAUCGAAGCAAAUCGGGUAAUGAAGGAAAAAAAGAUAAAUCAAUAACUAAUGGACAUCAACAAAAAAAUAAUAAUAAAAAAGAAGAAGUUACAUCAAGUGAUGAUGAUGAACCAAUACGUGCUCCAAUUCAAUUAAAAAUUGAAUUUGUUAAUUCAGUAAUGACUCGUCAAUGGACAUUAGCAAAAAAAUUAUGUCAUUUUAUGUUAAUGUAUGAACCAAAUAAUAGUGAAGCUAAACAAUUUUCUCCACUUAUUGAUUAUAUGUUGACAGAAGAACAAUCUUCAUCAUCGGAUGAUGAUGAUACAAGUGAUGAUGAUUCAUCUGGAAGUGAUAGUAGUUCAGAUUCUUCAUCAAAUGAAGAAGAAAAACAGAAUGAUACCGUUGAAAUUCAAACAUCAAAACCAAUCAAUGCUUCGUUAUCAAAUAAAUGUCCAUAUCAUAACGCACCUACAGACUUCUCACCAAUACCACAAAGUCCAAUAGAAGAAUCUGAUCAAGUAAUAUUAACAUCUAUAUCAUUGCCUGCAGAAGCGCAACGAUCAAAUAGUUUUUUAUCGGAUUCUAUCGAUAUACUUAAUGAAAAAUCUUCUAAUAUUCAAACAGUAUCAAUUGAACAAUGUCUUUCAAAUAAUGAAUCAUCUAAUCAAACAACAAAAGUUGUUGUUACAUCACCAUCAUUUCAUUCAGAUUUAUCAUUAGAACAAAAUGAUUCAAUUGAUCCAUUAAAUUCAUCAUCAUUAUCAUUUCUACAAACAAAACAACGUCGAAUUGAUCAUAGAAGAAAUAAAAGUGAACCAUUUAAAUCUGCAAGUACAGAAGAUAUACCAUCAACAACUGUACUUGAAUUAUCUUCAACAAGUAAUGAAUCACCAUUAAGUAAUAAUACAAAUAAUCAAACGAGAAGAAAAUUAUUAACAAACGAUAGUUCAAAUAAUAUUUCAUCAUUAAAAACUAUUAAAUCAAUAACACAAGAAAAAUCUUCUUCAUCAUCAUCAACACCAAGAAAAAAGAAACCAUGGUAUAAUGUAAUAAAACCUUUUAUUUAUUGGUUAAUGUUUAUGUAA